AAGCAAUUUCUUUCCUAGAAGUAAAAUAUUUAUAUUUUAGAUUACAUAUAUAUGGAGUAUAUAUGUAAUAAUCCGUCCUCUUUUCAACAGAGGUACUCUUCCCCCUGUUAGAAAUGUUAAACGAAACAACCAUUAUUCCGUGGUAUUUCGAAGCAAAAGAUGCGCAGCCAGCAAUCGAUACGUUUUAUGGCAAUACUAUAAUGCUAUUUUCUUUUACUAUAGAUUACAAUUAAUAGCACAUAUUUAUCAGUGAGUGCGAUUUUAAAUAUGUUUUUAAGUGUUUCUACUGCGCGAUUAUCAAGAUAAACUGUGUAUAACUAAAUAAGUAACGUAUAAGUUAUAACAGUUAAUAAUAUUAAUAAUAUCGAAUAUGUAAUAAUAUGUACAUUAUUUACGAUAUGAGCCCAGGAGUGCUUAUAAUAUUAAGAAAUCACUAUUAACGAUUAAAAUUACAAAGCCAUAAGUUAAUUUUUUAAGCGACAUGUGAAAGAGUCAAUUCUCAAUUAUCUCAUCCCUAUACAAUACCUCAUUACAUCAUUAUCCGAAAAAAAAGGAGUUAGCUGAACGUAAAGGAAAUGUAUAUCAGUGAAAUUAAUACGCGAUGUUAUAAAGUGACUUAUACACUGUAUGAGCAAACCAACGCCAGAUUUAUUGUACAUGUAUAAAAGAAAAACAACAAUGUCGUUUAUAUAAACCGUAACAAUCAAUAAAAAGAGAAAUCAACUGAAUGCAUCUCUCUUCUGAAAAAAAAGGACACUAUCGCAUCUCGAUAGUAUCGAGUUGGCUAUGGAAAUAUCUGUUUAACAAAUCGGUUUGACAAAGAAUUUUAUAUAUCUGAGAUUAUUUCUCUCUGCGAAUAAUUAUGAUGACCGACGACAUUUCGAGUGAUGACAUCGCACGGAUGCUCGAGAAAAAUGUGAGAAUUCUGAAAGCGGAGGGCCACGGUCCGGACGUCGCUCUCGAAUUCCGUGAUAAGCUCGAGCUAUUUGGCAAAUUGUUGAGCAAUGUGACGGAUAAACUUCAGUCCUUAUUGUAUUUAUCUGAGAAUUACGCUUUUGUAAGCAAUGAUUUUAAUCAGUUUAUGAACGGGAUUGCCGAUUCGUGGUGCUCCAUCAAUAAACAGAUCUGUGAAAAGUGUUCCAAGAUUCAAGUUGGUAGUCGUACGCUAUCAGGAAUACCGUUAUCAGUACUCCUUGAAAAGAUAAAGAAAGAGAGAUCUUUAACAUGGGAAUUAUUGCGCACUCAUAAAAAUGAAUAUAGUCGUGAAUAUCUCGCAAAGUGUCACGCUUUGCUAAAUGAAAUCGAUGAUCUAAUACGUAAUCUCGAGAGAAGCGAUGAUAAGUUACAGCAAUACAUCGCUACGUUGAAGUUGAAUCCAUUCCUCGUUGAGCUAGAAUCUCUUAUAGACGCAUACGCAGCCAGCGUUGAAAUAUCGUCGACCAACAGGUCCACAUGUUCAACACUGAACAUUUUCUCGUUCGUCACGAAACUCCUUACCGGUGAAUUACUGGGCGACGAAUUCGUGGACCCGAAUCGUGUUCUGGCGGAUAACGCGCCCAGAAAGCCAGUUUUUAUCAUUAAAAUAAAACGCAGAAUGGACCUUCCGUCGAUGCCAGUUGUGGAAACGAUGCGAGAGUCGCGCAUAGCGCUUUAGAACGAAAGAGAUUAAUAUAAUAUUAUGAACAGACAUACAUAUAUAAUAAAUACUUUGUAUUUCAGUAUAUAAUUUGUAUUUGGCAACGUGUCAUAAACAUCAACGCGCAUUAAAACAAACAAAA